UGCAAAUCUCCAACAGUCUGCUUGCAGACCUCACAAUCUCAAUCUCACGUUUCGUUGCUCCUUUCUUUCCUUUGAUCUGGCUCUCUCAAUGGGCUCAAUGCAGGUUAAAGUACUUGCUCAGUCCUUCUUUACCCCCUUCUUCGGAUUCCUUCACCUCCUCUUCUAUGCCGACCCGACAUGGCUAGACAAAUUACUGGUGGGAGCUGGCUUCAUUACGGCAAUAGCUGCAGGAGUGCCGUUCCCUCUCAUUGGUAUUUUGUUCGGUCAACUCGUCGAUGACUUGAAUAGCGCUACAUGCGACGAAGGCAUUACGACCAAUGCAUCAUCCGAAGUACAAUCUUCCAUCAACUCUAAAGUUCUUCUCCUCGUUUACGUUAGCAUCGCUAGUUUCGCAUUAAUAUACAUUUAUAUAGUGUGCUGGAACCUGACAUCUCAGCGUCUCGCCCAGAGAAUUCGCGAACGAUACUUGCGGAAUCUGCUAAAGCAGGAUGUUGCAUUUUUCGACAAACUACAAGCGGGCGAGGUCUCAUCUCGCCUUAACGGAGAUAUUCAAAUACUCGAAACAGGCACAUCAGAGAAGGUUGGAAUUUUUUUAGCAUGUCUCUCCUUUUGCAUUACUGCAUAUAUAAUUGCAUUCAUGAAAGACGCAAAACUCGCCGGCAUCUUGCUUUCCCUUAUCCCAGCAUUCAUCAUCAUGACUGUGGUUGGGGGAACUUUCGUGCAAAGAUACUCUGGGAAAAUGUCAGAGCACUUAGCUUCAGCAAGCGCCCUUGCCUCUGAGGGUCUCAAUCACGUUGGCCUUGUGCAUGCACUUUGUGCAAGCUUCAGGCUCGAAGAAAUAUUUAGCGGUUAUCUAGGGAAUGCUCGGGCUGAAGGAAUCAAGAAAGCCUCGGCCGCUGCUAUUCAAGCUGGACUACUAUACUUCAUUGCAUUUUCUGCUAAUGCCUUAGCUUACUGGCAAGGGAGCAGAAAGAUUGCAAAUACUGUCCAGUUUGGGAACGAUGAUGUGACUAUCGGAGAUACCUACACGGUUAUCUUUAUUCUGGUCGAUGGCGCAAUCGUACUCAGCCAGGUGGCUCCUCUGCUCCCACUAUUUGGUGCUGCCUUUGCUGCCUUUGAGCGCCUUCGAAAAGAUAUGGAUCAUAAACCAUCAAUUGAUGGCAGCUCUGACACUGGAGACAAACCACCGAGCACGAAUGGCAAAAUUGAGUUUUGCAAUGUCUCAUUUACGUAUCCGUCGAGACCAGAGCACGCCGUUCUUCGAAAUGUGUCGUUUAAAUGCGCUCCAGGAGAAAUGACUGCUAUUGUUGGACUUUCAGGAAGUGGAAAGUCGACUGUUGCUAGUUUGAUGACAAGACUGUACGAUUCUGGAGAUGGGACCAUUAUGCUUGAUGGACGAGAUAUCCGAAGCCUUAAUGUGAGAGCAUUACGAAGCUUCAUCAGCCUUGUACCCCAGGACUCGUCCCUGCUUAAUCGCUCAAUACUGGAGAACAUUGCCUUUGGCCUCAUGAAUUCACCGGCACAUUCCAACCUUCGAGAUGUUCUUCAGGGAGACAGCCUUUCUCGGAUUACGGAAGCGGCCAGGGCUGGCCAGAAUCUUGUCAAGUCCGCGGAAUGGGCAGGCCCAGAAGUCUUUGAGAUCUUUGCUCUGGUUCAACGUGCUGCUGAUCUGGCUGACGCCAUGGAUUUCAUUGAGAAACUUGAGCAUGGUCUUGCGACUCUUGUCGGUUCCAGCGGAAGCCUUGUUAGUGGCGGCCAGAAGCAGAGGAUUGUGCUAGCUCGAGCACUUGUCCGUGACCCGAGGAUUCUGGUUCUAGAUGAGGCAACAUCUGCCUUAGAUUCGGUUAGUGAACAGAAAAUACAACGAGCCAUCGAGAAGGCAGCGCAAGGAAGAACCGUCAUAUCCAUUGCCCAUCGACUGUCUACCAUCAAGGCCGCUAGCAAUAUCAUUGUCAUGAAAACUGGAACGAUCAUUGAGCAAGGAUCGCAUUUACAACUUAUUGAUUCGAAUGGAGCGUAUGCCGAAAUGGUGCGCCUGCAAUCGGUGCAGCCAACCGAUGACGCAGAAAAUGGAACGGGAGCAAUACAGGGCAAGAAAGAUGUGGAAAUUAUUGAAAAAAACAAACCAGCAUCUGCUACCGAUGAGAAAGCUGGGGCCACUACGUCGCCUGAUGAUUUCGACAAGGUUGUCGACGACGCCGAUGGAUGUUCUGUCAUCCAAACAAUACUGCCAAUGAUUCAACCCUAUGGUAUUCUCCUCUUAGUCGCUUUCGUUGCGGCCGCCAUUGUAGGCGGAACUUACCCUGGGUCUGGAGUGAUAUUUGGGAAUACCAUUGGCGCCUUAUCUCCUUGCGAACAACCAGCAUCAAUACGAUCAAGGGGCCUGCUCUUUUCUGGCCUCUUCUUCAUGCUAGCUUGCAUAGAGUUCUUAGCUAACUUCACGAGCUGGUCAAUGUUUGGCCUUAUCUCCGAACGCCUGAUGUACAAGGUCCGCCUACGGUCGUUUCGAACCCUGUUCGAUCAACCACUUCAGUGGCAUCAAUCUAACGGCCGAAGCCCCGAAAUUCUUCUGUCAUUCAUAACAAAAGAUGGCAAUGCGCUCGCUGGAUUCAGCGGCUCAAUUGUUGGCACCCUCUUUUCUGUCGUUAUCAAUUUCAUAGUUGCCAUUGUUCUCUCUCACAUCAUUGCGUGGAGAAUUGCCAUCAUCUGCUUGGUCACAGUCCCACUUCUCUUGGGUGCUGGAUUUAUGCAAUUACGAUCUAUCGCACACUUUCGCGAGCGCCAUGCUAGCGCAUUUUUAACCUCUAUCGCCAUAACAGUCGAAGCUGUCUCCAACAUUCGAACCAUUGCCGCACUAUCUAUUGAGGCUGAAAUCAUGCAGACGUAUCGCCGCACGCUGAAAGCACCCCGAAAAGAGAUGGUUAUGCAGAGUAUCAAAUCCAACGUUUGGCUCGCAAUUGCAAACUCCACUGGAAACAUUAUAUAUGCGUUUGCGUACUGGUGGGGUGCGAAACAGAUACUGGAAGGCAGAUACACCCAAACACAGUUUUUCAUCAUUCUCGUUGCUAUGCUGGUGUCCGCACAACUAUGGGGCCAGAUGUUUACACUUGCUCCGGAACUUUCUCGGGCUAAAUCUGCUAUCUCACGAAUCGUUGGACUUCUCAGCCUGGAGACGAGCCUGUCUCAAUCUAGGUCAGGGAUGUCUACCCCCGACCCCGAUAAUCUGGAUGAAAAAGGAGCAGACGAUAUUGAAGCAAAUGCCGCUUCCCCCAUACUCUCAAUUCUGAGGCAUGGUGCAGCUGUGGAGUUUCGCCAAGUGUCUUUCUCGUACCCAGCGCGUCCAAAAGUCACUGUAAUCAACUCUCUCUCUCUCUCUAUCCAUCCAGGUCAGUUCUGCGCUCUUGUAGGGCCAUCAGGUGCAGGGAAAACUACGAUAUUUGCUCUUCUAGAACGCUUCUACAACCCUUCAUCUGGAAGUAUAUUGCUAGAUGGGGAUGACAUAUCGCGCCGCACGACUACGAGUUUCAGGGAAGAGAUUGCGUACGUACCGCAGGACAAUGUUCUCUUCCAAGGGACUAUUAAAUUCAACGUCUCGCUCGGAGCGCGACCUUACCAUUCACCAACGGACGCAGACGUUGAAGAAGCGUGCAAACUGGCCGGCAUUCACGACGCAAUCAUGAGUUUGCCAGAUGGCUAUCAAACCGAUUGUGGAUCCAAUGGGUCACAGCUAUCCGGCGGCCAGCGCCAGCGCCUAUCCAUUGCCCGAGCAUUGAUCAGGAAGCCAAGGCUGCUACUUCUGGACGAGAGCACUAGUGCCUUAGACGCAGAGAGUGAGAGGGCAUUCGAGAUGGGGCUGGAUAAGGCUGUUAAGGGUAAUGGAGUUACAGUCAUUGCCAUUGCUCACCGAUUAAGGACGAUUGUGCGGGCUGAUGUGAUCUUCAUGAUCGACACAGGGCGGGUUAUUGAUCAAGGUCGGCAUGAAGAUCUGGUACAACGAAGCGAGAGGUACCGCGUUAAUGCUCUCCACCAGAUGAUGGAAUAGGCGGAUAAUACCGUUAUGGGUAAACGAACUAAAUCUCACACUGAGUGUUGCGGUUAAGUUCGACCGUUGUCUUGC